AUGGCCCGCCUUCCCUCUGCCAGAGGGGAGGAGACUAAGAAGAACAGGAAGUGGCACUUCCUACCCAAAAUUGGCAAGAUUCCAAAGAUCAGGAUGAAGAUGCUGAGUGUGAAGGUUCCAGAGGUUCCAUCCACUUCCCCACCCAAGGAGGACCUGACAACCACACUGGCCCCUGCUCCCCAGGAGUCCCAGUCCCGUAAACGCCCUCUCAUAGUCAGGGCUGUUGCAUCCCCACACCUACCAGUGAAGCACCACAGGCUAAGUCUGUCUGUCCCAGGAGCCAGAGUAAAUGCCAAAGACAACAAGUGGCUCACUUCUCUGCACCGGGCCGUGGCUUCCUGCAGUGAGGAGGCAGUCCAGGUGCUAUUGAAACACUCUGCUGAUGUGAACGCCAGGGACAAGAACUGGCAGACGCCGCUCCACAUUGCUGCGGCCAAUAAGGCGGUCCGCUGUGCUGAGGCCCUGGUCCCUCUCCUCAGCAAUGUGAACGUGUCGGACCGGGCCGGGCGCACGGCGCUGCACCAUGCAGCCUUCAGCGGACACCUGGAGGUUAGCAAUUAG